ACCACAUCGAAAAUUAUUUGGAAAUGUUCGUUAUUUGUGUAAAAUUCUGAGACCUGAAUGAAAAGAGGCAUGCGUUAGAGCGUCAAUAUAUUUAGCAGGUUCUUGCCAGCGCGUGAAAAGCCAGUCGAGUGAAAAUCGAAUCAUUUGGCAGAGUCCAAUUAAAUUCAAACUGCGCGAUUCGCAGGAGAAGAUGUGUCUAUACCUGCAUGUGCAUGUGUAUCUGUGUGCGAGGUGGCCCACGGCUGUGUGUGUGAGCAGCGUGUGAGUGUGUGUUGGCUGUGGGUGUGUGUUGGUGUGUGGGCACACUGGAAAGAAUCAAUAAAGGAUGUGCUGCGGAUUGCUGAGCGAGAAAAAAGGACGAAAAGUGCUUGCCAAAGCGAAUUAACGGUUAACUUUUGGCACGAUUAACGGAAUAACGGUUAAAUAAGCCCAACGAGAGAGAACAUUGAAAAUAACGAGAGAACGAACUUAGUUAAUUAGCAAAUUAACGAGUGGGUUGCCACAGGAUUUCAGGAUUUCGCUAUAUUUCGGAUUCCUGUACAUGAACAUGAUGUUGAGAUUCUGCCUGCUAAUUGCAUUGCAGCUGUCGUUGACAUGCUCCGUGGAGGUGCAUUUCGAGGCGCCAGACAGCGGUUUCUUCCUGAAGCACGCCCGCCAACCACCUGUGACACCGGAAAUCGCCAACGUGCAGACAUCAUCUGCGGUGCCGCCUCUACGGCAACGAUCCUCCUACGAUUCCGUGUUAUCCCUGGACAGAUUCACCGUGGUAGAGACCACUCAGCCGGUGUCUAUUCGCGCCAGCUACGGACCCUUUUCCACCAAACAGACGGUGCCAGCCCGCUACAUUGUGCCGGACACGAUGGACAGCCAAUCGGGCGAUUACAUGAGCAAUGCCACGCUACUUGAGCUGCAGCAACCCAAUAUGCACCUGGAUAUUUCCGCGCAUUUGGUGCGCUCCAGCGUUUCGCAGGAUGCUCCCGUGCUCCGGGUACUGUUUCAUGCCGGAGCCGAUCCUGGUGGUCAUUUGCAGCGCCAGAAAGUAUGCGUACUUCUUCACGUAGCUAUGGGCUCAGAGCAGCCCCUCAAGGGACGCUGCAUGCCUGAAGGCGAGGAUGGUGUCUGUGUGGCCGAGGUGGUGGUGCCCCUUGGGUGGUGGCCACAGCUCCCAGCGCCCACACAAGAUGGCAGUGGCCAGGCGCCACCCAAAGUGCCACAGCGAUACGCCCAGGUCUCCUACAGUGUAUUUGAACCUCCUUUGAGGAACCCCGAGCAAUGCGAGCCCAAGGUACAGAUCCAACCACUGACCACUUUCGCGCAGGUGCCCUUGUUGGCCGCCAGGACUCCUUAUCGUAUGCUGCGCGCCGAUGAUGCCGUGACUUUCCUGUUACCACAACAUCCGUUGUAUCCACUGUCCCGUCUUCAUGUGCCCGUUUUCCUGCACCAAUAUCCCGAUCAGCGGGUGGCGGCCUUCACAGUGAGAGCCCGUGUUAAGGCAGGCUUAAGGAUUCUGGGCGCCACUGCCUCCACAGAUCAGUGGAGUGUCUCUGUGGAGAAGGAAAAUCCCAAACACACAACCGCUCGCGUUACUGCUUUCCGUAAAGAAGUCGAGACUAGCCUGGAAACUGGAGGCAACUUAACCAGCGAGGUAUUUGAGGUAUUCUCGUGGCUGCUUGAGGUGGCCGAGGACACCAAUGACAUUGUGGAUGGUGGCAAGAUUGUGUGGUCUGUGACCCAUGUUUACGACACGCCCAAGGACAAGGACUCCGGAGAACUUGUAAUACCCGAUGACAACAAAAAGCGACUGAUAGCCAAACUGGAAAUCAACAAGGAUGACAUUCAGGCGGUGCUUCCGAUGGCCAAGAUCUGGGAGGUUAUGAAUACCGCUGUGCUUACUGGUAGGCAAGUAGCCCAGGCCAUGAAGGUGUUCAUCGUUUCACAGGCGGGAAAAGUGGCCGAUGUGACGCUUCAAAGCUCCUGUCAUGCAGAAGACGAAAGUGUGAUCAAGGUUUCCUCAUCCUGCAGUUCUGUAUAUGUGGAUGGUUCCGAGCAGCGCGGGUCUUCCAAUGCAUCGGUUAUCGUUAAGUAUGGUACCUAUGUGGGCGUGGCCAAGUUCAUCGUAUGGAUGCCCGAAUUUCCGUUGGAGGUCUACAUAUCCGAUUUCCGUCUCUCCCAAAUCAAAGGAUGGAAAGUAACCGAUGACAAUCACUAUCUCCACAACAAGCAGUCGCGGAGGAGAAAGAAGAGAUCCUACGUUUGGGGUCAGCAUGGAACCAACUAUUACAACAAUCUGGGGGCAGAUAAGACGGUUUGUCGCGCUCGUUAUCAGCAGAGUCCAGUGGAGGUGUAUGCCAAAUUUCUUGCAGUGGAUCAGAACUCAGGGCGUACCAGCUACUUUAUAUCAAGACGGACAGGCUUAAGGGUUACCGAUCUGGUGCAACCACUUCUUCGGGUGGCCGAUCCCAAGAUCGCUUCGUUAAAGGGUCGAAUUCUGCAGGGCAAAUCCAUGGGGCGCACCGACGUUCAGGUUUUGUCACCUAUCACGGGUCGAGUAAUUGGCACAAAGGAAAUCCGCGUGGGCAGUGACAAAGUUAACCUUUCCAAGCUUAUCGUGCGCGUCAUUUCGGGCCUGCAGCUAACCAUCAGUCCAGACAACACAAUUGAAAACGGCUAUCUGGCGGAGACUUCUGUCACCCACAAACUGACUGCUCAGUAUCAGGAGGGACUACUUGAUAUCGAUCUGGAGUUCACCGAUGGCUCUAAGACUCCGUUGCGAGAUAUUGCCGUGGAGGACUACUUCCUGCUGGUAGAGAGUUUGGAUACCGAAGUAGUGGCAUUUGCCCCAAUGCUAGCCUCUCAUCAUCCGCGCGUCAUUGCUGUGGGUGAGGGCAAUGGAAACUUGCUGCGCGUGACUCUUUUACUCUCCGAGGAGUGUCGUCAGCGACGUGGCACCUUGAGCAGCACCAAGCAAAACAAAUCAAAUGCAGCACCGCUGGCCAGUGCAUUGGCAUCCAUUGAAGUUGAUUUCAACAAUGUGGAUAUUGUGAGCAAGCAGGAGGCGAUCCAAAAUGAUGGCACUGUUGGCAGGGAAAGAAAGAAUUAUAGGCAGACUGGUGAUUUGGCUGAUAUUAUAGUGGGCAUUCCUUUGCGAGAUUCCAGCCAGCUGUAUGAACCAACUGUCCAGGCGCGUCAACAUCGUGGCAGCAUCCAGGCGGUCCAUAAGGGCCAUCAUGGCAAAGGCAUUGGUGGCACUGGUACCAUGACGACCAUGGAACUGGGCAUGUACGUCCUGCUGACGGCCUUCUGCUUUGCUAUUAUUGUGUUUGUGAUCUCUUGCGUGGUCUAUGCAUCCAAAUUCCGGCCAGCAAUGAUUGAAUCUGGAUUAGAUCCUCUGUCGGCAGGCAAGGGCAAUGGUUCAGGAGCAUCGGGUGGCUUCCGGGAUGUACGCUUGAAGGAGUCGACCACGAAUGCCCACGAUUGGGUCUGGCUGGGGCGGUCCACCAUCGACCGUCAGUCGAUUGUAGCUGAAACCAAUACGCACCUGAAUCCACGAGAUUCCCGCAUGCGCAUUACUAGCAAUCCCAUUGUUAACUACGAUAAUGGACGGCGUGUGAGCUCCUUUGACCAACAGCCCAAGCUUCAGACACAUAUUGUACCGGCCUCAAAUCUGAAUAAGCAGCAUGCCGACCACUAUCUGGCCAAUGAGCGCAAGGAUAAUGCCUUGGAUUAUAAGCCACCAGUUCCACCGCAUAGAAAUGUGGGCGCCCGGGCAUGUCUACCGGUCCAGCCUGUUCCUAGUUCAGGAUCUGUAAAGGAUGCGGCCAACAAGCGUCACAGCCAACUUUACAAACGUGAGCAUUUGCAGGGCAGCGACAACAAUGCCAACCAGCAGCCGGCCCAGCAGCCGAAUCAGCAACCACCUCCAGAACGCCCUCAUCCGCUGGCUCAUUCCCAUGGACAUCCCCAUCAGCACCAACAUCAGCGCAGUCAUAGCCACAGCCACAACUUCAGCCAGGAGCCACUGAUUAAGGCGGCGCACAACAAAAUUAAGCAACAGCAACAGCAGCAGCAGCAGCAGCAUGAGGAGCUGCACAACGCCGAAAAACUGGUGGAGUACACGAAUCCGCACCAGAAAAACGCGUUUCAAUUCGAUUCGCUGACACCAAAGAGAGUUACCAAAGCAGCCGCGUCAUCGCCGGCAACGCCGUCCACAGCAGCAGUCCAGGGCAAAGCUAAAGAAAACCACAGCAUGGCCAGCAGCACUGGGGACGCAGCAAACUCGAAUGGAACGGACGAGAUCAUGCGGCUACCGCCCAGCGCUGUUAGCCAGGAGCCCACCACGAAAUCGUCACGUGUCAAGCGGGCCACCGUGGUGGGCAAUCCAAUGUUCUCGGCCACCGUCGAUGAGUCUGUAGCCCCUGGAGAGCGCCUAGGGCUGGACGAUCUCGACAUGGAUUACGAGCAGAUCAUGCACUACUUUGACAACCUAAAGGAGUCAAAUGCCUGAGUACAGGAGAUCAUUGCUAAAAUUCGCGAGAUAUUGUCCACGUUCCAUCACCGAUAUCAGACGGUUGCCACGCCCUUAACCUCGCCCACUCGCAAGCAGAUGCAGCUGCUAGACGAGCUGGUCGCCGGAGUGGCAACGGCCACAGCAAUCACCGCAAUCAAGCCAACAACAUUGCCCCUGAUGGCUGAUGGAGAAGUUGAAGAAGCCGAUAAAGCAUUCGAUGCCUACGAUGGAGCGUUGGAUAUCGAGAGCAGGCAGUUCUAGACGUUAACCUGGCACAGAUCUAAACGCAAUUCUAGCAAUAUAUCCCUCAGUACUCUAAACAAAAACCUUUAGGCCGCCCCUCCUACUCCAAUAACAAUCCAUGCUGAGGUCAAAAUAGAAACCCUGAAGGAAACGAAAUACGUCGUCAGCCGAGCAGAAAGCUUAUAGGCAAGGAAAUGGAAAUAAGUUGAAGGAGAAACAUAUUUAUUGCUAGGCUAAGUUCAUAUUAAUGCAUACACCUAUAGGCAUAUGUAAACGUGGAGAUAAUCCAAGUGUAUCUCGAGGAGCGCGUGCCUGACACAAUCGGAAUCGACGGGCAACCAUAUAUAGUAUACAACUAUCUAUAUCUCUGUAACUGUAUCUGUAUCAGUAUCUGCAUAAGUACUAUGAUGUAGUUAAGGAUCAGCCAUCAAAGCAUAGCUUAAUCCAAACAUUUUUUCCCAUUCUCUUCGCUUCACACACACACACACGCAUCUUUAGAUAAUGUCGCAUGUCCUAUCCGUCUGAUUCGAUUCUACUUCUCUAUAUUCAAACGAUCUCGGCCCGAUCUUGCAUAUCCUAUAGCUUCUCUCUGUUGUGUCUGCUUGAGUGUGUCUGAAUGCGUGAAUGCCAGUGAAUGUGAGAUAGAGAUAGAGGAAAUGUGAAAGUGAGGGAGAUAGCGACAGAGAGAAAUAGAGAAAAGGAGGAGAGUUUCCAAAAUGUGCCGGGCACCGCUCCCAAAAGUCGCUAGAACUUAAAAACUGAAUAAUAUACAAGCUAUAUACAAAUAUAAAUAUAUAUAUAUAUAUAUAUAUAUAUUUAUGAUAAUAUGGCGCGCGCUAAAUUUAAAGAAAAAAAAAAAGAAAUCGAAUAGAUAACCCCAACUGCUACAUUAUCUAAAAUGGUAACUUGAACAGAAAACGUCGCUUUAUAAGUUGGUAAUUGAAGCCUAAUACCUAAUGCCAAUCAUAAAUCUAAACUAGAAAAGGAAAAACACACAAACAAACACAUCACAAAUAAUAUAUAGACGCUUAUGAGCUUUAUUUGAUCGAUUGUAUUGAAAAGGAAGCUAAAAGCAGAACAGAAUCCCCAAAAACCGAAUCGAACCCAACAGAAUCACAAAAAUAGUAUGGGGAAAUGUGUAACCAAAUAUUAUAUGAUAUUACCGAGCGAUCCAAGCUUUAUAUAACAAAUUUACCAUAUUUAUAGCGUACGUGCAUAUUUAUUAUCAUUAUUAUUAUUAUGAUUAUUAUUAUUAUCUUGUCUUGUGAUUAUCAUUAUUGUAUUUAUUACCAACGAGAAGAGGAACAAGUGCAAAAUUACUUCAAA